CCAAGGCAACAAGAAAACUCGCGGGUCUAUAUCAAUGUCAGCCGGGCAACCGAGUCGAUCUAGCAAAUUCUGCCGGAAGAUCGAUUAUUUACGUGCCCGCCGUCUUUUCCUGCAUCAUGCUGGCGAGGAAAGAAGAAGUUGGGUCAAGCAAGGCGCAGGGAGUAGCCGGCGCCGCUUCCUCAGCCGCCGCCGCCAACCAUGAUGUGGCAGUCUCCGAAUUCGUCGCCCGCUUUGCUUCUGCAGGCGAGGCAGCGAGGAAGCGACUGGACCGAAUGAACGAGAAGCUGAAGAAGUUGGAGACGCAGAUGGAGGCGCUAGAGGCGGAGAUGAGCAGAGCAAGUGGAUUCUCCCAAUGGGACUGACUACGAGAUCGCAUUUUUUCCCCCCUUUGCUGUGUGAGUGAGUCAGCGCGCGUCGGAGGUCAACGGCGGCGGCAGCAGAUGCCGGAGAACGAUGUCCGGUGCGGGUUUGAAGAAACACGACGACCAGUGCAUUUAACCAUUUUACUUGUCCUAUUUUAUUAUUAAUCAAUAAUUAAUAUUCUAUAGACAAAAAGAAAUAUUUGUAAAAAUAAUAAUAAAGCUGAACACGCUGUCAUUCUAUAAUGAAUGAUGCACGUGCCCACUGCUAUUACUUUUCAGUGACAAUGAAUA